CAACCUAUCGUUGUUUUAAAGAUCUUUCUUUCUUGUUCGAUAAUUGUUUUAUUUUAAUUGAAAGAAGCAAAUAAGUUUUAAACUACACAAAUAUUUAACGUCAUACUUGGUGAUGAUAGCUCACAGAUCGUGGCUGCUUACAAUUAUGUUCGGUGACUUUAUCUUAGAGUGACCCAGCGAUUAUUCUUUUCUUUCAGCUUAGUAAUUUUCGUGUAUGAAAAUUCACAAGCCUGGCUAAAUGCGAUACACACUUGUGAGUGUAUAAACGAUGUAAGAUCCAAGGCCAGUGACCUCUCAAAAUGGGAUUUCAAGAGAUAGUAAGGUCGCACCCCGUUCGAAGAAAGCAACAAAAAUGAAAAGAAUGUAUACGAUAAUAGUAGCAUUGUUAAGCCUACUAUUUCUAGGCUACAUAGUAAUAUCUAGUGAUUUGAAGCCUGUUCGAAUUGGUAGGAAAACUAUUGACAGUAUUGCUUUUUCCUUCAAUUUGCAAAAGCCUAUUUAUGCAGUUAUAAUUGAUGCCGGUUCAACAGGCAGUCGCGUAUUAGCAUUCAGUUUUCAUGAGUCUAUACUUGAUGCUAAUCUUAUUCUUGAUGCUGAGCUGUACCAUCAAAUAACGCCAGGACUGAGUUCAUUCGCUGAUGAACCGCACAAAGCAGCAGAAUCUCUAACAGUUCUAUUGGAUAAGGCUAAAUCUGUGAUUCCAAGAUCUGAGUGGUCUCGUACACCCCUUAGCAUGAAAGCUACAGCAGGAUUAAGAUUAUUACCUGGACACAAAGCCAAUGAUAUACUAAAGGAAUGUAGCAAAUUAUUUGAGACAUCUGGUUUCCUUGUUUCCAAAAACUCUGUUGCUAUAAUGGAUGGCACCGAUGAAGGCAUAUUUUCUUGGUUUACUGUGAAUUUCUUACAAGAUCGUCUCAGGACACAUGGUUCUGAUGCAGUAGCAGCUCUAGAUCUAGGCGGAGGCUCUACCCAAGUAACAUUUGCACCUGAUAAUGCAAACAUAAAGAAUCAAGAGAAAUAUAUCUAUGCCAUAAACGUAUUUAAUCACAAUAUGAGUGUCUACACUCAUAGUUAUCUUGGAAUGGGUCUUAUGGCUGCCCGAAAGGAAAUUAUAACACAUGGAAUGAAUAGUAAAAGUAAUAAAGACAAGAAUGCCAUAGAAAUAAGAUCAGAAUGCAUAAAUCCAAUAGUUUCAACAGAGUGGCAUUACGGAGGACUCAAUUACAUUGUUAAAGGUCCCGAGAAUGGGACUUACAAAAUCUUUAAAACGCAAAACUUUGCUGGAGCUGAGGAAAACAGACCGGUUGUACGAUUUUCAGAAUGCUUAAAAAUUGUGAAAAAUUACGUAAGCACCAUAACGAAUAGACCUUUAGGCUUGAGUAAACACGAAAUCUAUGCCUUUUCUUACUAUUUCGAUCGCGCUACGGAGGCGGGUUUAAUAGAUCCGUUCACUGGUGGUGUUAUCAAGGUCGAUAAAUUUAUCAAGGCAGCUGUGGAUUCCUGCGAUUACCCAAAUAUAGAUCAGCCCUUUGCAUGUUUGGAUCUGACUUUUAUUUAUGUUUUACUUACUGAUGGAUUUGGUCUGGAACCAACCACUAAAUUAUAUUUAUACAGGAAGAUUAAUGGCCAUGAACUAAGCUGGGCAAUGGGUGCUGCUUUCAAUAUUCUACAAAAUGAACUGUGACAAAACGAAAGAAUAGGUUAAAAAUUGAAUUAAGGCCAAUUUGAGAUGGUCGCAAAAUAGACCAUUCUUUCUCAAUCAAGGGCACAAUUGUGACUCGUUUAUCGUAUAAUCGUUGGUUUUAAAUUUUAAUAUGUUGAAAAUUGUGAUAGUAGGCGAAAAGCUGUAGAAGUUAUUAUGUUCCUAUUAGCAAAGAUGCUUUUAGUAACUAACAGAAACUUAUAUGAUCAGCCAGAAUUAGUAUAUGAUAAUUAGAUCAGUUCAGUAAUUAAAAGUUUUAUGGAGAUACGUAUAUCUUUCACAAGUUGUACUUUAGAAUCAUUUUAUUGUUAGUAUUUUUCAUUAUCGUUUCUCGUACAUCAUUUUAAUAUUAUCAGGACGCAGCGCAAGUUUCAAUACAAUUGCGCUAUCAGAUUAAUAUACAAAUCUCCAUUCUUCAUACAGAAAUUGCACAAAAUCAAAUAGAGAAUUAACAUUGAGCUACAUCGCACACAUAUUUUUUUUAAAAAGAGUGUUAUUUUUAUUGAAAAACUUUUGUUUGUAGAACAAUUUUAAAGAGGUGAUGGAGAGAUGCAUUUUAUAGGAUACGUUAUAAAUAUAAAUUGCGCGUCGAAUCUUUUCAUAUAUGAAUAUAUAUGUAUAUACAUAUACAUACAUCUAUUGACUCAUAGUUACAUACAAUAAUAUUACGUUUCCAAUCGCGUUAUGUUAAUGUACUGUGAAAACAUAAAUACAUCGACUUCUAGUGCCUUCUUCCAAGUAACUAUUAUAAUAAAUUCUAUGUUCCAUUCAA